CUGCAUACUUUGAAACGUUAUGACACAGAAUUGGACAGUAGUGAUUCUUUUACUUUCGGUUUUAUUUUCAAAUCCAUCGCAUUGUGGAAUACUAGAACAACAUUCCGCCAAAGUCUUAAAUUAUAAAUUAAUUGAAUGUUUAAAAAGUUUGUUUGAUAACGAAAAUACGAAUAUUCAAAAAAAUAUUCGUAUAGUUGUUGAGACAGAUUCAAAACUGGCAAAGUGGAAUUUUGGAGAUAUGUUGACGAGAUAUUUUGGAAUUGAUAAUAAUUUUGCUUUUGAACUGCGAACAAAAAGUAUAUACCAGUCGCCGUAUACAAUUCACGCAGCGGUCAUAUUGGUCAAUACUUUCGAAUCGUUUAGAACCAGUCUACUUCGCCAACGAAGUGUUAGCAGAGACAUAUCUGGCCUGUACCAAUUUUAUUAUGUGCUCUUUCAACCCACCGACGACAAUGCUGACAAUUUGCAACUUUCAGUACGAAAAAUUAUGUCCUUCUGCCUGAAGAACUUCAUCAAACACAUAAAUGUUCUUGUCGAAGAAGAACCCGGAAUCGUUACAAUCUACACCUAUUAUCCGUACAACGAACAAAUAUGUCGUGAUAGUACACCAAAAAUUCAUAACUACUUCGUAGACGGAAAACUUAAAUGGAACAAGCCAACAUUUCCUGCAAAAUUAAAUAACUUUUGGAAAUGCCCUCUUUGGACAGUUAUUGCAGAAGAUCCUCCAUUUUUGAGCGUGAUUGAGGAAAAUGCAAUUGGCUUCGAUAUGAAUGUACUUAAAAGUCUGGCCACCAUUUUGAAUUUUACAAUCGAUGUGCGGAUUAUAAUUCCAGAGAAACACAAUUCUCAUUUCAAAGCCUUGGGGGGACUUUUAGUAGACCAUAUUAACGACGGAGACAUCAUGAUCGGAGGAUUUCUUUGCUCCAAUGAGAGAAUCGAAAAUUUUGCUGCAGCGGCUUACUUUUCCUCAAGUUCCUUACAAUUAGUUGUUAAAAGACCGAAAACGUACAGCUCAUUGGAGAUUUUGUUCUUUCCAUUCGAUUGGUAUACUUGGCUGAUACUUUUGUUCAUUUUGACUGCGAGAGGUGUUGGACAAGUUUUGUGGAAGAAGUUUUUCAAGCACAUCCUCUGUUUAGGAACAUCUUCCUCACGAAUACAUCUCUUUUCAUGGCUAAUGGGAAUUCUGGUCAUACAAAGUUCCUACGAGGGAUCAGUAUUUAAAUUUAUCCAUAAUCAACCGCAACGAAAAAUUCCUGCUGAUUUCGAAGAAAGCAUUGAUUCUGGUUACAAAUAUCUCGCUAAAAAAUCUUACUAUUACGCAUUGGAACCUUUAUUCAGUAAACUACCGGGCAAGAUAAUUUACAUCGAUGUUCCUUUUAUGAAGAUGUUCGAUGAAUUAGACAAGUUUGGCGACAGGUAUGCAGUUUUUAUAACUUGUGAUGAACUAAUAAAUCACAAAAAUGAUGCAUCUCGCUAUGAACGAUAUUACACUCUGAAGAAGCCGGUUUUUAGUAAUGUCCUUUGUAUUUACAUGCCGAAGUUUUCGUUUUUAGUCGAAGAAUUUGACAAACGAAUAAAACAAAUGUCUUACAGUGGACUUAUAAAACAUAUAUAUGAUAAACUAGCAGCAGAUAGUCUAAGGAAAAAAAAUGUUGGUAAAAAGAAAGUUGUAACUAUGAUGACAUUGCAUCAGCUUAUGGGCGCUUGUCAGCUGCUUAUGGUAUUGUCAGGAAUAGCAACAUGUUUUUUUAUGUGGCUUGUUACUCGUCAAAGAGUCUUUACCAAGGACAUAUCUGGGAUGUACCAAUUCUAUUAUGUCAUUCUACAACCAAUCGCCAAAAUAGAAAAUUUACAACUUACACUUAACAAUAUUAUGGAUUUUUGUCUCAAGAAUUUCAUCAAACACAUAAACGUUCUUGUCGAAGAAGAAGAAGGUGGAAUCGUUUCUAUUUACACUUAUUAUCCAUUCAAUGAAAAAAUAUGUCGUGAUAAUACUCCAAAAAUUCAUAACUACUUCGUGAACAAAAAACUUAAAUGGAUAAAGCCUACAUUUCCAGACAAACUUAACAACUUUCGGAAAUGCCCUCUUGUGGCAGUUAUUGUAGAAGAUCCUCCAUUUGUGAGUGUUAUUGAAAAAAAUGCCUUUGGAUUUGAUGUGGAUAUUCUCAAAAGUUUAGCAGACAUCAUGAACUUUCAAAUUGAUGUCCAGAUAAUUCCAGAAAAUAAUGAAACACACAAGUUCUUAGAUCGAGUGUUAUUUGAUCAUAUAGACGAUGGAGACCUUAUGAUCGGCGGAUUUCUUUGCUCCAAGGACCGAAUAGAAAACUUUGCAGGAACAAAUUACUUUUCUUCAAGUUCCUUACAGCUUGUAGUUAAAAAACCGAAGGCUUACAGCUCAUUGGAGAUCUUAUUUUUUCCCUUCGAUUGGUAUACUUGGCUGAUACUUUUGUUCAUUUUGACUGCGAGAGGUGUCGGACAAGUUCUAUGGAAGAAGUUUUUCAAGUAUUUUCUAUAUUUGGGGACAUCUUCCUCACGAAUACAUCUCUUGUCAUGGCUGAUGGGAAUCCUGGUCAUUCAAAGUUCCUACGAGGGAUCAGUAUUCAAAUUUAUCCACAAUCAACCGCAACGAAAAAUUCCUAAUAAUUUCGAAGAAAGCAUUGAAGCCGGUUAUAAUUAUCUUGCCAAAAAAUCCUAUCUCUACGCUUUGGAUCCUUAUUUUAGUUCAUUUCCGGGAAAGAUAUUCUACCACGAUGUGCCUUUUAUGUAUCAAUUAUUUGACGAACUUGACAAGCGUGAUGAUAGCUAUGCUGCAUUUACAACUUGCGAUGAAUUAUUUGUCCAUAGAAUUGAUCCUUCUCGAUAUGAACGUUAUUACACCCUGAAGAAGCCUUUUCAUAAUAAUGUUCUUUGUAUUUACAUGUCAAAGUUUUCUUUUUUCACUGAAGAAUUUGAAAGGCGUAUAAAACAAAUGUCCUACAAUGGACUUAUCAAACAUAUUUAUGAUAGAUUAGCAAAAGAAAAUUUCAAGAAGAAAAAUGUUCUUCGUAAAAGAGUACCAACAAUUAUGACAUUGCAUCAGCUUAUGGGUGCUUGUCAGUUACUUGUGGUUUUGUCGGGAAUAACUACAUGUUUUUUCAUUGUAGAAUUUUUGUCCGAUAAACAUGACUUGCUGAAGAUUUUUGUAGAUUUCUUUUACUAA